AUGACUGAAAUAAGUCGCAAAUUUAGCGAUCCUCUUCCCUGCCCGGCACAAACGAACACUCUCCCAGAGUCCACCCCUGAAGAACACUGGAAGCACCUCCCGCCAUAUGGGGUGAAAUCCGGGGAACAGUUCGGUCCAAUCCAAUGGCGUGGAAAGUGUUUCUGUGGAAAGAUCACCUACCUCUUGAAGCGAGAGGAACCACUCAAUGCCAAAUACUGCCAUUGUCGUGUGUGCCGGGUCACCCACGGAGCUCCGGUUCAGUGGUCGGCUAUUUUCCACAAGCACGAGAUGUUAUUCACCAAUGGUGCGAGCGGUCUGGCAUUUUAUUCUACUACACAUGGAAAUCAGACACAUAUGUUGCCUACCAAGGUGUCCUGUGCCAAUUGUCGGACACCUAUCAUGGACGAAGGCCGGAAUAUGUGUUUGAUCUUCCCUCAACUGAUUGAGGUCGAGGGAUCUAGCCAGGAGCAAAGAGAGAAGAGGGCGGUUUUUAAGCCGAGAUGUCAUAUCUUUUACAACUCACGCAUGACAGAUUGCCAUGAUGGUCUCCCCAAGUGGAGUGGGAUGGAGAAUUCCAGUGUCCCGAUGAACGACGAGGGUAUUCCAAUUGAAGUCGAACAAUGA